AUGGCGCCAGCAAUACUUCUGCCGGUAGUUCGGUUGAUGAUGUGUUUGUGGAUGCCGGAAUCGCGGAUAGUGAACGCGUGGAUGUCAGUGACUCGGAUUCUAGCUCCAUUGGUGAACAGGCUGAACUUACACGACCCAUACGUAUCCGUAAGGUACAAAAUGGCUGACAGACCUAUACCUGAACGUGUGAAACUAGAUGAUCCAGAUCUUGAACGUAAAGUGAUGCGAAUGUUGGAGUCUCUGGAUUCAGAUGUUGAGCUAUCGGAAAUAGAAGAAGACGAUCAAUAUUCAGAAAGCGAACACGAUACAGAUUCAGCCAUUUCUGCAGAUGAAGAUGGACCCGCCAGUGAAGGAAGCGUUCGUUCAAGUGAAUCAGAAGGUAACGACGAGAAUGAACUAAAUAUGGAUGACAGAAUGUAG